CUUGUGUUUGUCACGACAAACCCCAGCGCAACCCUACCACGUCUCCCGUAGCAUGAUGCGAUGGAUCAGCAAUCAACACAACCGAUCCGCAAGCCAGCUGAAGUCUCAACCUUUGUUUGUGAUCCUUGUGUACCAUCGCUGUCAUCUUCUCUACAAGCUCUGACCACUAUUUCCGGACAUGUCGCAGGACUUGUUUCUGAGACACGAGCCCAUGAGCUCUGCAGGACGUGUCGAGCAAAUGUGUUUGAUGCCAAGACAAUCAGAGCAAUCUACGAUCAAACAUACGGUCAUAAGACCGAAGGAGUGUUCAAUGAGAGCAUGGAUGUACUAGCAUUCUACGGAAAUCGAUCGUAUAUUUCGAACCUACAUCGGAAGUUCACUUACAGAAUUGGUCAGGUUGAUGACGGUGUCAAAAAUGGAUGCAUUCUUUGCUCGCUUCUUGAGGCCCAAGAGGGACAAGAGCCAUCAUUUUCGAGUCCAACAUCACAAGCCGAUCAUGAUGAACAAAGAGCUGUAACAGCUGAUCAAGCAAGCCGGAGCUUCCAUUUCAGUCUUAACCUUCGACCCGCCUGGGAAUGGUCGACCAUCAAAAUCGAGUAUCCAGAUGUACCACACAAGUCUACUCGUGUGCAACUUCGAACUUAUCCAGUUGACUCACGCUUCGCUCAACCUGGAGCUACUAGUACACAUGUACCGAAUCACGGAGUUCAUUCGCAAGAUGUAAAUGCAGCAAAUACCGAGGCCCGACAUUGGACACAGAGUAUCAGCCGAAGCAUAA